GUGACAGAUAGAUCACUUAUACCUGCGACACCAACCCCGUCUCCCUCCUUCUCACCAACUUCUUUUUCCUGCAGAUUUACCAAGAUCAUAGACUGGAAGCUCAGGAAUGCGCUAUCCUCCAUCUUGUCCUCUAAAAUGCGCCAAAGAAUCACCUUCUUCCACAGGCACGAGCAUGGCGUCGACCCGGACUCCCUGAAGCUGGCCGGUCGCUCCAUCGCCGGCCCCGAUAUCAUAGCCGAACGCGAGGACCGGAUCACGUUAGCGCUCGACGAGCUCCCCGCCGAGCUUCGAGACCUUCUUCAGGAAUCCCAGGAACUUUACAUACGCUGGCAGAGCCCCGUCGCCUACCAAACUGUAGGCCCAUGGAGCUCCCGCCUGCCUCCCGGCCUGCAUGUCUUCUACACCCCCAGCAACGGCCGGAAGCUAGAAGGCGAACGCUUGUGCCCCUUGUUACAGGCUGCUUUCGGCCCUUUGGACUGCUCGUCGAUAUCUGACUCGUUUACGAAGUUGCCAAACGACCGAUUUUCCCAUUCGACCGCAUACCAAUACUACCAGGUCCUAGAAAGCCUAGCGCAGUUCGCAUCGUACAUCGAGAAGCGUGCGUGCGUCUCCCCUGGCUCCGAAUGCAAAGAGCGUGCGCAGCGGCUCGCCAAGGCAAAUUCGGUGGAUUUCUCCUACGACGCUGUCUCCAACGUAGCCAAGGUCACAGCUUUGUGGCCGAAUGAGCCACAGCCGCUAUCUGUCGACUCCCAUCCGGAUCACAGAGCCGAAGUUGGCAUAAUGACGCCGGAUAUACCUCCGCAUCUCGAACAGCACGAGUUUGGUGUGACGGGGCUGCUCAGUGUUUUAGGCCAAGACACGAAACCCUCGCCAGCUCUGUUCUCCUUCCCUUCGCGUCACAAAAGCGCCGCUGGCGUCAGCUUUGCGUCCGGGUUCCUACCCCCGUCGGGGCUACACCCGACGAUGCAACUCCGCGUGAGCUCAAGCAAGCCGCCGAUGGAGGGGCCGUAUUGUUCAUUGCACACGUACCUGACGCUACCCCGGGCUAUAUUUGCCGACAAGUAUCAACUUGGGGACGGUCUGUUCCUAUCAUCCAAGAAUUUGACAUCGUUGCGCUACAUCAGCCAGCCCGUGGAUCUCGAGGCACCCGAUUAUGCCAUCAAACUCUGGGGCUCUAGCGUUCUCCUCGAGCUACAGCCUCCCGAUGUCCAGGACGAUAGGCCAUGGACAGCCGAGAUUCCGCUCCACCUUCGCUACUUAUCACCUGCAGAACACGGAUAUAGAAGCAUCCACGUCCCCUGGCCGGCGGUCUUCUGGGCCUGCACGGCCGAGGACGGUACAAAGUUCCCCAGCAAUCCGUUCGACAGAGUCAAUCUCGGGUAUGACGGACUGUUCGGUCAGCGUACAAUUUUCUGGCACGUCGAUCCGAGGCCAGAGUCGGGAGGCAACCUCUACCACACGAUCCGAGUCCCCGUUCUCGACCUGCUGAAGUCGAGCUGGAUCAGCGCCGGGACAGCGGCCGUGGUUCUGGCCGGAUUCCUCUUCGUAGUGUUUAAGCUCGCCUCCGUGUAUCUGAGGUCGGGCUACGGCAGCCAGGAAGCAGAGAAAGAGUCGGAUAAGAAGAGGCAAUGAUUUCGCGCGAGGUCCGCUAUCGUCGUCUUCGAGCUACGAAGGUAUAUACCCCCAAGGGGUUGUUGCAGAUUGCAGGUAUGUAUCUAUUAGCAAGCGUUACAGUCAUGUGGCCGCGUGUGGCCGCGUCAUGUCAUCAUGCAGGUAUAGGGUAUUAUGCAUGUAGAGUAUAUAUAUCGGUUUGGGCUUAAGGCAUUCCCUGAUCGUACCAUGUUGCGUUGCAUUAUACGUUAGGCAGUUAGAGGCAGUACUGGAGGGAGUAUGCACACGACGCUAAUAGCGGGUCAGGCGCACCACCAGCGCAUCAGACUCGGCUUUUGGGGGAUGCGGUAACAGCGUGCGUGGGCUUACCGUAGAAUCCCCUCUAGUUAGCUACUCGAGGGCUGCUAUACCUACCUACUGACACACCUGGUAGUGGUUGCAGACAGCGUUGCCUC